CCAAUGAGCAGUUGUAUUCAUCGAUGAGUGAUGCGUUUGGGUACAUGCACCAGCAGGAACUGAAUAUCUAAUGAUGGAACGGCUAAUGGAUUUUGUGAAUGAAGUGAGAUACAAGGUAUCAUAGGCUGCGUGUAGACUGCCUCCGAUGAAAUGGAGACCAGAAUUGCACUGUUGCAAGGCUGGUGUACAAUCAUGCAUUUCAUCUAUCAUCGUCACAGCCUUGACUUACAUAGAAAUGCCCUACCGAACCGAGGUAGGUUGGUCAUUGUAAUACGAAUGAGGCUCCGUCGAUGGCACUCAGAUGAGAAGCCCCAUCGUCACUCCAGGAAAGGGGUGGGCUCUAGAAUUUGCACGGAAUACCACAGAAGCCCAAGUGGAAAUGCUGUUCCGUUGGAAUGUUCGCGAGAAAAACGGAUCUGAAACGAAUACGAUAGCGAUGACCGUCGAUCACCAUGGCUAGAGCCCGUCUAUAGCAGAUCUUGAAGUUUGAUCGUGUACACGGAGAUCCUCAGUUUUGAGCGUCUUGCAGUGGAGUUUCAAUGAAAGAGGCAUCCGGGAUAGACAAUAGUAUGCACUAUACCCAUCGAAAGUACUGCGUCUUUCUAGACAAGCUUAUUAGUUAGACUGGUAUGGACGAGGCUCCGCAUUCUGAGAAGAACUGGAGCAGAAAGUCAAGGCUAUCCAGAAGAUGCCGUUGUUUGCGAAAGGUUCCGAUAUGAUCAUAACAACCUCCGAGCUUCUGCUUCAACGUGU